CUGGGAUUUUCACUUUACUUUUCGAUCGAUUUAACAUUCAUCAUUUAUGCACCGAGAAAGACAGAAAGAUACAUAAAGAUAUAUAUAGGUUGCUAGAUAGAUAGUUAGGAAUGUACUUAUGUUACUGUUAUGUAGGUGUUAUGGGAUAAAUGACCGUAAUUGGUUACUUGUAUAUGUUACUGUAAUAAUUUCUGUGUGGUGUAAAUUCAGUGAAAUAGUAUCGAAAACAAGAAUCAAGAACUGUCUAUAUUUCUAAUCUUUACAUAAAUAUUUUAUAUCACAUUCAUAUUUCGAUAAAUUUAGUUGUACAAAGAUUACUGGAAUCUUUUUUUUUCUGUGAAGAAAUUUUCGAUAUUUUAAAUACAAGUUUAAUUUAGACUUACAAAAUGUCAGACGAUGAACAGAGCCCACAACCAUCUCCAGCAUUUAUUCCCAAUGAGGAUGGAAAAUCUGAAGCAAAAAUUCGUAUGGAAAUGGAAGCCAAACGUAGAAAAGAAAGAGCUGAAGAGGAAUGGCGAGAAUAUGAAGAGUUUCGUAGAGGAGAACGUGAAAAAGAAGAAGAAGAGAUUCGUCAAUUAAGAGAACGUAGAGAACGACGUAAAAUGGAACGUGAAGAAGAAGAAAAACGAUUGGCUGAAUUACGUCAAAUUGAAGAUCAGAAAAGACGAGCCGAAGAAGAAGAACGACAAAGAAAGAAACGUGAAGAAGAACAACGUAAACGUGAAGAACGUGAACGUAAAAAGAAAGAAUGGGAAGAGCGAAAAAAUGCUAAUCGACCUAAUUUCGUUAUUACAAAGAAGGAACCAGGUGCACAAGAAAGAGAAGAAGAAAAGAAAGAAGAAGUGACCAAGUCAAAAGAACAAUUGGAAGCUGAGAAACGUGCAAUUUUAGAGCAACGUAUACAACCAUUGAAUAUUAGCGGUUUCAAUGCUGAUCAAUUAAAGAACAAAGCUAAAGAAUUACACGAUUUAAUUUGUCGAUUAGAGGGUGAUAUUUAUGAUUUAUCUCAACGUUUUACAAGACAAAGUUAUGAUAUGCAAGAAUUGGCCGAACGUGCACGUCAAAUAAAUAAAGGAGGUAAAGCAAAAGCUAUCACAAAUGCACCGGAUCCAUUGGCAGCUAAAUUCAGUGGUAUUCCUCCUAUGGUUGUAAUGUACAGUCAAUAUGAACGAGUGAAAGAUCCAAGAUCGUUUAAAGAUCGACGCACAGUCUUUACAGGUGCUAAUUAUGCCGAAGAAUAUCAACGCAUUGCACCUUCACAUGUAUUGGUUAUGACAGAGGAAGGCUUCCAAAUAGCUGGACCUGCUGAAGGUGCAGGACAUGCAGCUGCUGCUCCAGCACCUGAGGUUGCAGUUGAAUAAAUAAUUCUACAAACAUUCAUUAUAAUCUCACUGCUAUCACUGUUAUUGUCACCAGUCUAAUUACCAACAGUCAUUUCAAAUUCCUUUUCAAUUCUCUGUUUAUUUCUGUUUUAUCAAUUUUUUUUGUUUGUUUCGAUGUCACAAUUUCACUUUUACGUUCUGAGUUUUUAUUUUUAUGACAUGAUUGAAAAAAAAAUAAUUCACAUAAUAUUAUUAUCCCCUAAUGCUUCUAAGCAAAACAAAUUAUGCAAUUAUUGCUUUCCUAUCUUAUUGACAUUAUUGAAGGUUAAUGUGUUAUCAUUCACUUGUUCUUCUUAUGUAUCUUCUUCUCAUUUUCGCACUAUGAAAAUUAAAUUACACUUGUUAUUACCAUUCGAAAAGUUGUCGCCAGUAUUAUUGAUUCAUUGAACACAUCAAUAUCUAAUUUUCAAUUCAGAAACCAUAAACCAAAGUACCCUUAUCUUUAUUAGACUGUGUAGUUUCUUGUUGUUACUACUACUACUACUACCACUAUUAUUAUCAUUAUGACUCCCUCUUUUAUGUUGAAUAAUUUACUUUAAGUAAUAAAUGGGCACAUUCUAUUCUAUUUUAAUUUUCGAAGAAUAAAUUUAUUACUCAAAUGUUUAAAGAAGUAGUGAUGAAAACAACUAGUUCAUUCAUUUUACUUACAGAAUCUUAUCAAAGUAAUUGAUUUAAUAUGGUCAUGGAUUAGUGGAAUGCAAUGCUUGAUAAUUCCUAACUGUGACGAAAUACUUGUCUGAUGCUCUGUUUCAUAAGGGUUUUAUAAUAUAAUAAAAAUCAUAGUGUGAUAAAAAGUUC